ACGGCGGGUAUGUGAAUUUGAGAUUUUGACAGCAGUCUGAUCAGGUCUCCAUGCCCUCCCUGUGUUAUUUGCAUGUUGUUGUUUUUUCGCUUCUUUCUCUAACAACGUAAGACAAAAAAGUGUGCCGAGAAGAAGUGAAAGGAAUGAAAGAAAGUAAGCACCAAAAGGUGUAGCUUUCAGACUUGGGUGCUCUUCGUGCAGGUGUUAGUUUCAGCUCCUUUUUUCCCUCCUGAGUCUGGUGACCAGAGAUGCGUGCAGGAGGCUCGCUGCGUGCGCUGCUGGUGAAGGAGAAGCAGUCCAGGCGGCGUGUCUCCACUCCCUGCGUGGUGCUCUUCCUCACAUGCUUCGGCACCGCUGCGUCUCUGGAAUGUCCUCGCAAAUGCGUGUGCACGGGCACCACGGUCGAGUGCACUCGCCAGAGCUUGACAUUCAUCCCUCAGCCAAUUCCUUCCAACACAACGACCCUUCUCAUCAGUGGAAACGACAUACCCCGUCUAUCCCACGAGUCCUUCCCUACACGCCUGGACUCUUUGGCACAGCUCUAUCUGCCUGAGAACCGAAUAGAGCAAGUGGACCCUGGGGUGUUUGACAACUUGCCAAGUCUCAGUUUGCUCGACCUGAGCAACAAUAAAAUCCUGAAUUUCAGCGUCGAUGCUUUCCCAAGGAACAAUACCCUCCAGGUGUUAAAUCUGAGCAACUCAUUGUACAAUUUCUCCUACGCUGAUGCUUUUUAUAACCUUUUAAACCAUUCUGUUCCUAAACUUUCCAAACUCAGCUUGGCCAACAACGACCUCUUCGUCCUUCCAGACGACGCGUUCGCCAGCUUACCUGAGCUCGUCACCUUGGACCUGAGAAACAAUUCCUUAGUUUCCAUUAAGAACGUGAAUUUCGGAAACCAAGCACUUAUAACUCUGGACCUGCGCAACAAUACUCUGAAAGAGCUGUCUAAUGAGACGUUAAGGGAUUUCAGCCAGAUACCUGGGCUUCAGCUGUACCUGCUGGGGAACCAGUGGGCUUGUGACUGUAACAUUGAGGACAUGGUGCUGUGGCUGCAGAGCUCGAAUAUUGUUGUGGACAAGCAGAACUUGACAUGCACUCAGCCUGAAAAUAUGAGAACCUAUCAGCUUGUGCAGUUAAAGCAUACAGAGCUGCAAUGCCCUGACAAUGGAAACAUGGAGGUUACUCUAGGGACCUCGUAUGUCUUUCUGGGUAUGGUGUUGGCCCUCAUUGGGGUCAUAUUCCUGCUUGUUCUUUACCUGAACAGAAAAGGCAUCAAGAGGUGGAUUUAUAAUAUCCGUGAUGCAUGCAGGGACCAUAUGGAGGGCUACCAUUACAGGUAUGAGAUCAACUCAGAUCCACGCCUAACCAACCUCAGUCUUAACUCGGAUGUGUGAAGGAGGUGUGGUGCUUGGCUGGACAUGGGGAAAAGUGUUUCCCACAAUUACGCACAUUGACUCAGCCCUACAUUUGCAUAGUUUUGACAAGCUUAUAUCGUAAUAUGCAGUUUGCCAUGCCAGCUAGAUUACUUGGCAUCUGCUGCAGUACAUGCUGCAUGCUAUGUUUAUGAUCUGUCUUGUUUAGAUGUUGUUCAAAGCUUGCAUGAAUCAAGAACUCAUAAGUACUUCUUUCUUCUAAAAGAAAUCGACACAUGAUAUUUUGGGACAGUGUGAAGUAUGAUCCAAGGAUCUCUCUAAUGGAUGCAAGUCGUGCAUAUUAUCUUGCUUGAAAAAAAAAAAAAAAAAAAAGCCUGAAUUAUGCAUAUCUUAAAUCUCAUGAAUGCCUGACAUUUUCCCUUGAAUAAUAAGUUACCAUGUUUGCAUGUGUUUAUGUACUUUCAACGGUUAUGAUAUAUAAAAAAAAAAAAAAAAAUCGCAUAUAUCGAUCACAGCUGUCCAUUUUUCUAUUCACAUUUGUUCCGUGGACAUGGCUCAACUUUUCUUAUGAAUAUGUUCUGCUAAAUAAAAAGGUCUUGCGUUGAUCCCUCAA